AUGGCCGAAAGUCAACAACAAUCGAAUUAUGGCGUGCUAUUGAAUAAGCCGAAUGAUCUUCAAGUCGUUGAGAUUCCCGUACCUACUCCAAAAGCUGGUGAAGCUCAAGUCAAAGUGAUGGCGACGGGUAUUUGUGGUUCUGAUGUACAUCUAUGGAAACAUGGUAGCAUUGGUAUCUUUUCAAUGACGGAGCCUUUAUUGCUGGGACACGAAAGCGCGGGUGUGGUCACUGCUGUGGGUCCUGGCGUUACCGAUUUAAACGUAGGAGAUCGUGUAGCCAUUGAAGCAGGCAUUCCAUGUUCUCGAUGUGAUCAAUGUAUGCAAGGUCGUUAUCAUUUAUGUCCUGAUGUCGUAUUCAAGUCGACCCCACCGGAUGAUGGGCUAUUGGCACAAUACAUUUGCCAUCCUGCUCGUUGGCUACACAAGAUCCCGGACUCGAUUUCAUAUCAAGAAGGUGCCCUCUUGGAACCUUUGAGUGUUGCCAUAUCAGCUAUCGAGCGUGUAGGUGUUUCAUUUGGUCGAUCCUUGUUGAUUACUGGAUGUGGUCCUAUCGGAUUAAUGGUCCUUGCAGUAGCAAGAGCCAUUGGCGUAAGUCCGAUCAUUGUCACUGAUGUACAACCAAGUCGCCUUGCCUAUGCUGAAAGAAUGGGUGCCGAUUAUACAUAUCAAGUCAACCCACGUUUAACCGAUGUCGACAUUGCUCGUGAUAUUCGUGCCCUUGUUGAUCAAGAAGGAGGUGCGGGUGUGGAUUAUUCGCUCGAGUGCACAGGGAUUGAAUCCUCUUUUCGAGCUGCCAUCAUGGCUACCAAGGAUGCAGGCACCUGUUGUCUUGUGGGCGUAGGCAAGAAUGAUCAAACACUACCCGUCAACAAUUUUGCCAUGCGUGAAGUGGAUAUCAAGGGGCUUUUCCGUUACCAUCACACGUACCCACGUGCUAUUGCCCUUAUGGCUAGUGGCAAAUUGGAUGUCAAACAUUUGAUCACACACCAAUAUGCAUUCAUGGAUGCAGUCAAAGCCUUUGAGACUGCAGCCGAUUAUUCCACAGGAGCUAUCAAGGUUCAAAUUAUCAAUGAAUAA